AUGCUCAAGUGCGGUUCGGCAGCGCAUCCAUUGCGCCGCGCACAGGCUCUGCGGAGCUUGGCUGCGGUGCGACCCGGAGCAGCUGGGCGGCACUACGCAACAGAGAUUGAGCCCAAGGCGCCGAGGCAGGGCAAUGAGCAGAAGCUGGGGAGGUCGUUCCAGGGGCAGGUCAUGGGCAGCAUCGGGGCGCGUCUGAGGAGGGAGCGCGAGCAGCGCGAGCAGUACGAGAAGUGGAGGGACAUGAACGAUCCGGCGAGAAAUUGGAUGUUGACUUUCUUGUUCCUAUCGAGCGUUGGCAUUUCCUACUGGCUGGGCACCUACUGGCCGCGAGAACCCGAGCAGACCUCGACGUUGCCGUUAUCCAAGACGAGACCACCGGCGCAUAACGUCAAGCUGGAGAACAUGCAGGCGGCAUGGGCGGACUUUGUCAAGAUUGUCGGAAAGGAUAAUGUCAGCACAGAUGAGGACCAAAUAAGUGCGCACGCCACGUCGGACUGGACGACGCACAAGGCCGGACCUGACGAUCGUUCGUUCUGCGUGGUGUAUCCCGGCUCAACGGAGGAGGUCUCGGAGGUUAUGAAGAUUUGCCACCAGAGGAAGAUUCCGGUCUCUGCCUACAGUGGAGGAACCAGCAUUGAGGGACAGUUUACGCCGACGAGGAAGGGCAUUUCCAUCGACUUUGGCCGAAUGGACAAGGUUCUGGCCCUGCACGAGGAUGAUUUGGAUGUGGUUGUUCAGCCUGCUGUUGGUUGGGAAGAGCUGAAUAACGAGCUCGCAGAGAAGGGCUUGUUCUUCCCUCCGGACCCUGGCCCAGGAGCUAUGAUUGGAGGCAUGGUUGGAACUGGAUGCAGCGGCACCAAUGCUUACAGAUAUGGCACCAUGAGGGAAUGGGUUCUUAGCUUGACGGUUGUCAUGGCCGAUGGCACCAUUCUCAAGACUCGACAACGCCCUCGCAAGAGCUCUGCCGGAUACGACCUUACGAAGCUCUUUAUUGGAUCUGAGGGCACCCUCGGUCUGGUGACGGAAGCUACGCUUAAGCUUACGGUUAAGCCUGAGUCCAUGAGCGUUGCGGUGUGCUCGUUUCCCUCGAUUCGCCACGCAGCCACCUGCGUGAGCAAAGUCGUCGGCAAGGGCAUCCCCGUUGCGGCCGUGGAGAUUUUGGACGACAACCAGAUGAAGGUCAUCAACCUAUCCAAGACCACUUCUCGCACAUGGGCCGAGGCCCCUACCUUGUUUUUCAAGUUUACCGGAACACCCAGCGGCGUCAAGGAGCAGAUUGCGCAGGUCCAGGCGCUCGCCUCACAGGCCGGCAGCAAGUCAUUCGAGUUUGCCAAGACGGAGGCCGAGCGCGACGAGCUGUGGAGCGCAAGAAAGGAAGCGCUCUGGAGCACCAUGGCGGCGAAGAAGGAGGGCGAUCGGGUCUGGACUGGAGAUGUGGCUGUUCCGAUGAGCAGGCUGCCGCAGUUGAUUGAAGAGACCAAGGCGGAUAUUCAGAAGAGCGGGCUGUUUGCGUCGAUUGUCGGGCAUGUUGGGGACGGAAACUUCCACACCAUUCUGCUGUACAACGACGCGCAGCGGAAAAAGGCCGAGGCGGUUGUUUCGCGGAUGGUGAAGCGAGCGGUUGAGCUCGAGGGCACAGUUUCUGGAGAACAUGGCGUUGGUUUGGUCAAGAGAGACUACCUGCCUCAUGAACUUGGGGAGACGACGGUGGAUGCGAUGCGCCAGAUUAAAAAGGCCUUUGAUCCUCUGUGCUUGUUGAACUGCGACAAGGUUAUCCGUAUGCAGAAGCCCAAGAGCGGCGAGGUCAAGGAAUGCAAAUAUUCCCGAAAUCACCGUGCUGUCGACGAUUGCUUUUGUAUCAUCUUCACCCCCAAACAGCUCAACAAAAGACCGACGAUUGAUAUCCCGCCCCGCCAUACAUUCGUGCAGGAGUGUUGUCACUGCGCUUCCAACCCCGCUGACCCCCUGGGUCUUGUCGCGUCUUCAUCAUCUCUCUCCAUGUCGCUCUUUACCGCACAGCUUCAUCCCGGACGGGCUCUCGGGUUCUUCACCCUUGGCGCGUCCCUCCACGAUGUCCUGACCCGGGUCAAGGCAGAACCGCAAGCGUUCCCGAAGCUCGAAGUCCUCUACUCCCGAGACCAGCCCGUCACCGAACCGGUAUGCGUCGUGCUGCCCCAAAACGGCAUCAGGCUGCGGUUCGACGGCCCUGAGCAGCGCCUCCGCCUGAUCGAAGUCAUCGACUUUACAAAGAGCCACAUCACCUUUAAGGAUCGGGAUCUGGUACGGCCAGCCGGCGCCGCUGCUCCCGAAGUGCCGGGCGAGUCAUCGGCGGGACCUACCUUUCGGCACAUUUACCAUCGGCUGCUGGGACCGACCUAUGCAGGCGAGUUCAUUCCUCCGGCGGCAUCUCAGGGCAACGGAACGUAUGUCUUGUCGUAUCCCGGCGUGGCCUUUAACUUCUCCGUGCCGACCUCUGUAUAUUCGGCCGACAAAGACGUUGUUUCGCUACUUUCUGCCUCUUCAUCGCAGAUUGCGACUUCUAUGGCUGUGUUUAGUGGUAAUUCCUGGGCGGAAGUGCGGCCGACGCUGUGGACGGAGGUUCUGCCUAGCGUCAAGGUGACUUCAACUAUACCUCGUGGGAAGGACGUUUACCCUGACGAGGUAUCCUUGAUUCGACUUCACGGCGGGGGCAAGAUACAGCUAUUUCGGAAAUGGACGGCGAGCUCUUUCUGGAUCAUCCUUGGUGAGACCACGCCGCAGGAUCUCGUGGCAGAACUUGGGCCGCCGAAUGCGAUAUACCGUAAGAAUGAUCAGAAGAUGGUCAUUCACAAGAUGCGAGCCGCUAGUAAUACGCACGGCCGCCCUAAUGUGAAGGACCUGGGCCGGCCGGAUGAGUCGACGGAUACGGACCAGUCGUCUAUGCAUACUGGCUCAGACGAAUCGGAUAACGAGGCCGCAGUAGAAGACGAAGGGGGGGAUAAUGCAUCCGGAGAGUGUUUCUACAACUACUUCUAUCUUGGCUUUGACAUUCUCAUGUCUACGCCCGUACCCCCUUCGAGCCUACCACCAGGAGAGACACAAGUGCCGGAUGAUAUUGGUAACGGAAUCAAGACCCAUGCUCCCGAUCGACUAGUUGCGACGAAACUGGUGCUCCACGGCAACAUCCCCGGCUCCUACGAAUUCAACCGCCAUCGACGAUGUCGCUGGGAGAUUAGCUACCUGGAUGACCUGGCCAGUGAUGGUGGCCCCGUCAGCUCCGAGAUGGAAUUCAAGACGAUAGAGAAUCUCAUGAGCAGGAAAUGGGAGGGCGCCUACCCCACAGACAAGACUCAGCCGCGGCAAGGGGGUAUGGUCCUGAACCGUGGCUGGGGCGACAGCCCAGGCAGCAGUUGCGAGUUUCUCGGCGGUUGGGAAGAGAGCGGCGCGAGGAGGCCGGAGGCAAAUGGCGAUUCUACGACGACGCUGUAUGGCUUCCCUGGAAUGGUUUUUGAAGUGUUGAGGAAUGACUAUGUUAACACGUUGACGGUGUUUUGA